GUGUCGCCGGAGGGGCGGAGCGGCGCUUUGUAUCAGUCCAUUCGGCCUGACCGCGGGCGCGCCGCCGUUGCUCCGAAGGCUGCGCCGCCGCCCGGUCCUCCGCGAUCGCCACGAUGCCCCUGCAGUUCGAGUUGUGCCCGGGCCGGCUCGUCGGCGGAGACCACCCGUGCUUUAUCAUCGCCGAGAUCGGCCAGAAUCACCAGGGGGAUCUCGAGAUCGCCAAGCAGAUGAUCCGCCUGGCCAAGGACUGUGGAGCGGACUGUGCCAAGUUCCAGAAAAGCGAAUUGGAGCAUAAAUUCAACCGGAGAGCUUUGGAGAGGCCAUACACCUCCAAGCACUCUUGGGGGAGAACCUAUGGGGAGCACAAGCGCCACCUGGAGUUCAGUCACGAUCAGUACCGAGAGCUGAAGCGAUACGCUCGGGAGAUUGGCAUCUUCUUUACCGCAUCGGGCAUGGAUGAAAUGGCUGUAGAAUUUCUGCAUGAACUGGAUGUUCCAUUUUUUAAAGUCGGGUCAGGGGACACAAACAAUUUCCCCUACUUGGAGAAAACAGCCAGAAAAGGUCGCCCAAUGGUGAUCUCCAGUGGGAUGCAGUCAAUGAGCACAAUGCAGCAAGUUUAUAAGCUGGUGAAGCCCAUCAACCCAAAUUUCUGUUUUCUUCAAUGCACCAGUGCCUACCCACUUCAUCCUGAAGAUGUCAAUCUUCGUGUCAUAACGGAAUAUCGCUCAGCCUUCCCGGAUAUUCCUAUUGGCUAUUCAGGUCAUGAGACUGGGAUAGCCAUUUCUAUUGCUGCGGUGGCGAUGGGGGCCAAAAUAUUGGAGCGCCACAUCACUUUGGACAAGACCUGGAAAGGCAGUGAUCAUCAAGCAUCUCUGGAGCCCAAAGAAUUGGCAGAGUUGGUGAGAAGCAUCCGGAUGGUAGAGAAAGCCAUGGGAUCACCAAUCAAGCAGUUCUUGCCUUGUGAAAAAGCUUGCAAUGAAAAGUUGGGAAAAUCCGUAGUUGCCAAAGUCAGGAUCCCAGAAGGCACCACGCUCACGUUGGACAUGCUCACAGUAAAGGUGGGGGAACCCAAAGGAUAUCCACCAGAAGAUAUAUUUGAGUUGGUUGGCAAGAAGGUCAAGGUCAAUAUAGACGAAGAUGAAACCAUUGUUGAAGAUGCAAUUGAAAAUCAUGUGAAAAAAAUGAAAUGCUGAAUGGUAUUGUAUAUUAUCAAGGAGUGUCCUGGGAAACGUGGUUGGCAAAACUAUUGAAGUCCACUUGUAAAUUACAUUGAAGAUGUUUGAGAAAGUGAACCUCGGGGGUUUUUUUCUUUCAGGUGGAAGAACUGCUAGCGCAGCCUCUCUCCUGUUCUGAAGAAGAGACUUUCACUGAAAUAGGGUAAUACGUAUUUUUGGAGGGUCUUCAGAAUGUAUUGCUGAAAACCUUACGCUCAGGAAUGACAUAAUGUCCUUCCGGUUGGGAUAUUGCCCAAAGAGUAGUGCAGAGCUUUGGAAAUGAUGCUUUCAUGGGAUUCAACAAUUUUAGUCCUCUUCUAGUGUUGAGAAUUCAGGGCAAGAGUAAGAAUUGCAGUGCCAGUUGGGAAUACCACAGAGAAUAUGCUGCUUUUGAGUAAGUUUUACGCUCUUGCAAUUUGAUUGUCAGUCUUCCUUCCUUGUCUUUAUUAUUAAGGUUUGGCUAGAGAGAAAGUAUAAAAUGUAUGCAAGCUGUACUUGAGAUUCUUAAACCUCCCUUUGCAUGCUUCUAGGUUACCAAGUAUGUAAACAGCUUGUACAGACAAAUCUGAUAUUAGGCACUUAAGGGAAAUUUGGUUCUAACACUAAGUUAUUAUCAAUGAUUACAUAGAAUUUUGGAUACCUCCGGGAGUGAUGAAGGAAGUAAUAUAUAGAGAAGAAGGCCUACAGGAAGGUUCAUGAAAACUACAUCUUUAAUUACAUUUUCACCUCUUGUUUGUACCAUAGUUAGAAAUACGUGUGCUUCUUUGAAAGAGAAGUUGGCUAUCGUAAGCAAUUCCUAUUUGGAAGCAACUUUUCCUGCACACAGGAGGCUUCCUACUAAGUCAACAUGUUUAAGAUGACCCUGCUGUCGUCCUGUAUAUCAUGCUGCUAUUUUCGGUUGUAUCAUGUGCCUUGUAGUGAAUCAGAAUCAUUCAAGAUGUUUUAAUGAAUCGAGCAUUUUUUAUUCUAUUAUGGUACACUGAUAUUCACACCUCAGUCUUGACCACUUUGGAAGAAUGUGUUCACUUAGGCUUGAAAUGAGUCCAAGAGGUUGCCUUCCUGUGAGAUUGAUUUGUUUUAAAAGCACAAGCAGGGAUUUUAAUCAUGUGCCAGCCUGCUUACCUCACUCCUGGGCCAUUCUGGUACAUGCCAGUGAGAAUUACAUUUAUAUAAACUUACACAUAGUUUAACAUAGACUGCAGCUUGUGAAACUAGAGAGGCAGCCUAUGUGCUAUGGCGUCUACACGGGUGUAUGCUUCUCUCAAGGAGGGUCCCAGUAUGUGGAUGCAUGGAAGCCCAGAAGCAAGGAGAGGAAGCUGGUGCAGGCUCGAUUCCUCAGCCAAGGGUUUGAUGCGAUAUCUGCAUAGAAUUCUUGUGAAUCAUGAUGGUGUCAUUCUGUUCAUGUUGCUCUAAGGAAAUGAUCAAACAAUGGCCAAGUUUUUUUUUAAAGAUUUGAAAAACAAUAAUAAAGUUUGUUGAAUAAAUUUAUUUUUCUUCUCUCUGUUUGUUUUCAUGGGGACCACUCGACUGCCUCUCCUUUUGGUUCCUCUAAUAUUGAGGGAGGAGAGGGAGCCCCUUUGGAAUCUUUUUGAUUGAUGGAAAGAUGAGUGCUGCUAAAAAUGUAUCCUGCUGCCCACAAUGUUUGGAAAGACUGGUACUAUUGAGGUCAUAGUGACAGGGUCAAUAUACUAAAUAGGGUUUGUCAAGGAUGGCAACCUAGAAAGCUGGCUACUUUGCAUAGGAAGACAAAAGUCCUUCUCAAUCUUAAUGAAGUAAUGCAAAGAAAAAAAAGAGGACAGGGUUAUAGGGAAAUAGGAAAAGCCCUGUUUAGAAACAAGGGCUCAGUCUUUCCUUGGGAAUUCCAUCCUCAAAUUUCCUCUUGUCCUCAAAGUAGUUCUUAAAACUAAGUAACUUCUUGUUCUACCCUUUGCCAGUGACAGCCAUCCAGAUAUAUUAGCCUUGUCAUUACUGGUUGGGUUUGCUUGGACAAUGGGAGGUGUGGUCCACCUUAGGCAACAUGAUGCUUUGUGCUCACUGGACUUCCACAACCUCAGACCAAGCUGCAGGACUAGUGGGAAAGCAAAAUGGGAGUUGAUCCGGAGGGUUCCAGGUUGACUGAGAUUGUCCUAUCUGGCAUCUUUUAGAUACUUUAGAUUACAAAGCUCCCAGCGAUUUGUCCUUCCCCAUGCUGGUUGAAAAGCUAGAAAGCUUGAAGUUACCUUGAUUUGGAGUUACAAAAAAGUAAUGUAAUCAAAUAAAAUG